AUGCAGUGUAUUUUGAAAUGGAGGGGCAACUCUUUGCGGUUAAGCAAAGGGUUGUUCUAUAAGACACCUAAAAAGUUUUUAUUAUGUGAAAAUUCAAGGAUGAUUCAUACCUUUACAAAGCAGCAAGGUUGUUUGAAAAUGAAUAAUAAUAUCAAAAACCUUAUGUUGUUCUCUGCUGUAAAUAAACACUUCUCUACAGUUACCAAGAAUUUUGAUGGAAAAGACUUUGAUUUGAUCAAGAAGUAUAAUGACUUACUUAAAAGUGGCGAAAUAGAGGAGAAUCCAGCUCAAAAAGUAAUUAUCUCCCAGCUUCAUAGCAUUGGAGAACAAACUUUGGAGCAUAUAAAACUACUUCAUUCGUACAGAGAAUAUAUUAAAAACAAUCCUUAUCGAUCUCAUGUUACUUCCUCUGCAGAAUCAUCAGAAAGCAGCGGAGGUUUCUGGGGAUUGUUUGGAGGCAGCAAAAAGGAAGAAGUAAAGCAAAAGCCAAAAAUUCCAGAAAAAAUCAAGAAAGAACUCCCAAAACAAUUCAAAGAUCUUGAAAAUCUAAGGGGCGUUUAUCUUCAUGGAAGUCCAGGGACAGGUAAAACAUACUGAAUGGACACUUUCUUUAAUGAGUUACCAAUUAAAAGGAAAACAAGGCUCCAUUUUGCAGAAUUUAUGCUUGAAAUACACCAAGAAGCUCACAAAGUCAACCAGAAGACAGAUAGGUCAGUUGACACCAUCACAGAGGUUGGAAACCAGUAUUGUAAAGAUUUUGACGCAAUCUAUAUUGAUGAGUUCCAAGUGCUACAUAUCUCAGAUGCAAUGAUUCUUAAGAGACUUUUUGAAGCUUUCUUUGACAAUCAUGUUGUGUGCUUUGUGACUUCCAAUAGGCCCCCAAGUGAUCUCUACCUGGGUGGACUUCAAAGAUUCUUAUUCCUUCCAUUCAUUGAUAUGGUUAAUGAAACUAUGGAGGUACUCUCAUUAGAUGGGGUUGAUUACAGAAAAAUGGAUUAUGUAAAAGGUAUGGAAGAGAGCGUAAGAAGGAAAGCAAUGUGGAAUAAAUGAACAAAUAAUGCUGAGGGUAGCAUUCGGGGAAUCAAAGUUGCCCAAGGAAGAACUCUUACUAUUCCACUCUAUCAUGACAAAGUUGCAAUGAUGAGCUUUGAAAGUCUUUGAGACAAUGCUCUCGGAAAUCCCGAUUAUAUGGCCCUUAGCUCAGAAGUACACACUCUCAUCCUCACUGAUGUUCCACAUUUGAGCUUAGAUGAUAGAAAUUUAUUGAGGAGAUUUAUUUGGUUAGUUGACGCAUUAUACAAUCACAAAGUCAGACUAUUAAUAUCUCCUAAUAUUGAAGUCACAGAAAUUUAUCAAGAUGAAGAUGAUUCUGGAGAGAAGGAUGAAAACUUUGCAUUUGAAAGAACUCUUAGUAGACUUAUUGAAAUGAAAUCUGAAAAAUAUCUAAAAAAAUCAAAAGCAGCAGAUUAUUUAUAAAUCUCAACCUUGAUUUUCAAUUAGCAAA